AAUGCGAUCCGAUAAAUUUUGUGGAGGUAGUAAACACACUGGGAGCUCACUGAAAGGGAGCGACCUCUAAGAUGUGGCCGCGAAGCUGCCUUGCAGUGCUCUCUCUGCUACUCCUCUCGGCGCUGCCGAGGCCAGCACAUGGGACCUACUACUUCUACGUGGAGCUCCAGUCCUUCAGCAAUCCGAACAACAGAGACCACAACGGCGGCUGCUGCGAACCUAGUUGCGGAAACCCGUGCGACAACUACUUCAUAUUCUGCCUGCGGCAAGCGGGCUACGACCGAAAUAGCAACAUAUGUCCGUACGGUUCGUUCAGUACUGCUGCGAACGUGCGGAGUGGGUCCACCCUGCAGUUUAGCUCGGCUGACCUUGCACCAAGCGUGCCUAAUCCGGUUCGAUUUGCCGGCAACGUCUGGCCGUUGGGAUUUCAGCUAAAGAUAAGAGUGUUGGAUGCGGAUGGCGAUGCCGACGAUCUGGUUGAUUACUUCAUUAUAGAGGAGUCCUCGUUUCUCCCCACUAAUGAUUACACUGACUAUACCACCUACGGGGGGGAGAACUCAAACGAUGUUACCAUCAGGCUCCGUUACCGACUGCGCUGUCGUGGGAACUGGCACGGCCACGACUGCAACAUGAUCUGCGUGGAUCAGGACACAGACACGGCACACCUGGAGUGUGCUCUGGACGGGUCAUACGUCUGCAUGGACGGAUGGGCAGACCUCACCACUCAGUGCACAGUCCCAAUCUGCCAGGAGGGUUGCCACCUUACUGGAGGUACCUGUAACCAGCCGGGAGAAUGCAAGUAAGCCAGCGUUUGCCAAAGACGAUCCUUUUGUACACCACCUGUCUAUGCAAUCAUAUGCAACAAGUAGAUUCAGUUUCUGAAGAUCAUAAUGUGCGAAUUCUUUCUCUCUCUCUCUCUCUCUCGAUUACCUGCAUCAGUUGUGAACCAGGCUGGUCUGGGGAUCUUUGUGACACGUGCACACCAAAAGAGGGAUGUGUCAAUGGUUACUGCACUUCCCCCAACGACUGCACGUGUAACGAGGGAUAUACCGGGCCCCUCUGCAAUAUCUUGGAGGACCCCUGUGAUUAUCUAUCUCCCUGUGUCCAUGGCAACUGUACUAACGAGGGCGGUGGUAGUUAUUUGUGCAGCUGCGAGGCUGGGUACACUGGUUCUGAGUGUGAGACUGAAAUUGAUGAGUGUGUGGCCGGUCGCCCCUGCCUCAAUGGUGCCACUUGUGAGGACCAGGUGAAUGGGUUUACGUGUUCCUGUGCCGUGGGAUGGACUGGAGACACGUGUGGAGACGACAUUGAUGACUGUGCUGAGGUUUCUGAGUGUAGCGAUGGAUCCAACUGUACAGUUGGCUGUCUGAAUGGAGGGACGUGUGUGGAUGAAGUCGGAGGGUUCACCUGCGAGUGUCCCCCACUGUUCUCGGGGGGCAACUGUCAGGAGCCAACUGACGGAGACCAGUGUGACCGUCUCCCCUGUCUCAAUGGGGGAACCUGCACCGAUGACUUCCUGGUGUUCAAAUGUGAAUGCCCCCCGGGGUUCAAGGGGGACAGAUGCGAGGAGCCGACGGACCCUGACCUCUGCGGUGAGCUCGCCUGCAAGGAGGACGAGAUAUGUGUGGUGGUGGGGGACGGUUCAGGGAAGGAUGGACACGUAUGUGCUCCUUGCGACAACGGUCCUGCAGGUUGUGACAAAGAAGUAGCUGCUCAGUCAGACAACAAAGCACAAGACGACACGCCAGUCAUCAUAGGAGCCUCAGUGGGUGGAGCUGUCCUCCUUCUCCUCCUACUCCUCUGCCUCCUCGUCUCCUGUUGCUGGUGCCACUCCUUAUGGCUCCUCAUUUGUCCCUGCCUCAGGAGAGACAAAGUCGAAGAAAAUGACGCUGGGAACGGUACACUCACCUCUCCAUACUCCAGUGUCUCCCACAAUGCCAUGAACAUGGAACCGAACACGCUCCUGGCCUCGGGGAAAACCGCCAGCCUCACCGCCAAUGGUGGACUGCAGAAUCCCAUGUACGCUGCCCCAGGAGGGGCGAAAUUCAGGGCACCUCCAACUGGAAACGGGUCCACCACUCACUACGACCAGCUUACUCACAGACCUACCUCAGCCAAUAAGGAAGACUUGGUUGUGGAGGACCUGGAAAAAGACCUGGCUUUGGAGAACUCACAGAAGGAGGAUCCUCAUUACGAAGCUCUGGGACUCCACCUCUUGCCAACGACCUCCCCACAGUACCAGAAGCUAGUGGAUACUUUGCAAGACGGAUCAACACAGGCAAAGGGGGCCUAUGCUUCUCUGUACAACGUACCCUCUGCUACCGACUGCCCCCCGCAGGUCCCUCCGCGACCCCCGCAGCUUAUGCCCCCUGCAGUGGGCGGAGCUCGACCCGAGAACCCCUACAUUGUCACCCCUGCACGAGCCCCAGUUGAUUCCAUGGCAACGACCUCUCCCACUACCCCCGAGAAAUCAGAUUUGGCGAAGGAAUACGAAAAAUUGGACGAACCAGACCUAUCAAAACUCUGACCACACCCCUACAAAACGAAUAAUUGACAGUUUUUAAAAACAUGUGUAAUAAAAUGACUGUUGUAUUAUAAUAAUCGUGUACAUAAUUGAAUGAACUGCUGACAUGAUUAAUUUCACACAACACCUCUACACCAAAACCACACCCAAGACUCCGCCCACUAUCUGGGUGAUAAGCUCCCUAAUAGAGGGUCUUCCUCUUCACUUCUACUGCUGCCAAUUGAGCGACACACCCCUCUCCGGUUCAGUUCCAGGAUCAGUGUUAGGCCGAGGGGAAUGAGGAGGGCCCCUGCCAUCAGGAAGAAGACGAGACCGGGAGAGACGGACCUGGUUGCAGGAUAGAGGGAAUUGUAGAUGACGGACGCCAGGAGAGUGCAGACUGCCUCCACCACAC